AUGGAAGUUGUAGCACUUGGAAAAACUGGUUUAAAUGUUUCACGGCUCUCGAUCGGAACUGGGUCAAAUGGCUGGAAUGGCCGCUCAAAUCAAACAGAUUUGGGAUUUGAAGGUUUACGUGAUUUACUGCUGUUCUCACACGGAAAAGGUGUAACUUUUUGGGAUUCCGCAGAUCAGUACGGAAGUCACCCGCAUGCCAAAGCAGCACUAAAAGAGGUAGCGCGUGAGAGUGUCACUAUCACGACAAAAACGACAUCCCGCACGCGAGAAACCGUAGAAGCAGAUGUGAAACGAUUUCUCAAAGAAAUAGGCUCUGACUAUGUAGACAUUGUUCUGCUCCACUGUCUCACUCAAGUAGACUGGCCACAACGGUACCCAGAUGCGAUGGAAGCACUUGUCCGUUGCAAGGAGCAAGGGUUGAUCCGCGCACACGGUGUAUCCUGUCACGACUACAGUGCGUUCCAAACAUCAGCGAUGACGGAUUGGGUUGACGUUGUCUUGGCUCGGAUUAAUUACGCUGGCGUUCACAUGGACGCAUCCCCCGCUGAUGUCAUCCGAACAAUGGAACAGAUGGCAUUUGCAGGAAAAGGGAUCUAUGGAAUGAAAGUGCUGGGACAGGGAAAAUUGGCAGAAGACGCAACGGGUCAACGCGAGGCAAUCGAAUUUGUGAUGGGACUCCCGUGCGUCCACGCAAUGACUAUCGGUAUGACCUCAGAAAGCGAAGUGGAAGCCAACGUCGCUGUCGUUAAUGAACUGUCGGAGAAAGGCAUGUGAUAGCACCCACAGUCUAAAGACUGGGGCUUCGGCUUCGUAGACAAUAGCGAUUUCCCCGCAGGUCAACCGUCUUACGUUGUCUCCACCAGCAGGCGA